GUGAAUUUGACAUUUGGGUGUCAACAUUUGAAAGUUAACAAAACAGAACGAUAACCUAAAAUUUAGAAAUAAAAAUAAGCUUUAUAAUUCGUUGAAUUAAACUAUAUAUAAAAUAAUGGGUAGCAGAGGCCGAGGACGGGGAGGGGGAUUAUCAUUUACACAUGAACAACUUCAAUCUUUUGGUAUUAAUCGGGGUGAAAACACCGCAACAACACUCGCUCCGCCACCAUUAUUUCCAAAACUUGAAGCGAAACCUUUGCCUCUGAACUGUGAUGCUGCGACUGAUUAUAUGGUAAUUGUUAAGGAUCAAUUUAUAGAGUAUUUACAUGAGUCGCCAGCUUAUGUUAAACCGAACACACGUACAGAUGGCAUAGAACGUUAUUCAGAUAAAUAUAAGCAAUUGGCACUGGAUGCUAAGCGAGGUAAAGUACUGGAUUGUGUUUGGGGAAACAUGCCGGCGGAGUUACGACCGCAAGCUAACAGAGUCAGAAUUACAGCGCGAAAGCGUAAACUGGACGAUGCGAAUGUAUUGAGUAAAAAACUUCAAACUCUCGAAAAGAAAGAAACUUUGGAUGAAAACGAUGAAACGGCAGAAAAUAAGGAUGAGAAUACUGUCAAAAAAGAGAAUGAGAAUGAAGAUGAUGAAGAGCUGGAGGAUGAAGAGGAGCAGGAAUAUGAAAUUGAUGAAGGCACAGAUUAUGCCAACAAUUACUUUGAUAAUGGAGAAGAUUAUGAUGAGGAAGAUGACAAUCUUGAUGAUGGGCCUGUUUAUUAAUAAUGCCCAGUGUUCUUUAAAAAUACUAA